CAGCGCCAUUUUGGCAUCUAAGGAAGUGUCAACCGCUUCUUAAGUAUUGAAUUCAAGGGGGAAAGAAUACAAUUAUGGAAUUGGCUGAAACAGCGGCUUCUGGAGAUCCCGAAACGGAAACCGCCAUUACGGAGGAUGCUUUUAAUUCCUUUAAGAUGCCGGUGCUACCGAGUCAGCUCCUUUGGCAGAACUCCGUAUCUCCGGGCUACGCCAUUAAGAGCUCGCUCCUCGGCCACAGUGGCUGCGUUACGGGUGUGAAGUUCAGUCCGGAUGGCGAGAGCUUGGUCAGCAGCUCCGCCGACAGGCUUCUCAAGCUCUGGGACGUGAGCUCAACCAGAUGCAUUCAAUCGCUGGUCGGACACGAGUACGGAGUCAACGAUGUGGCCUGGUCGGCGGCUGGACUGCUGGCUAGUUGCAGCGAUGACAAGACCGUGCGCCUCUGGGAUACUCGCAGCCAGCUCUGCGUUAAAGCUCUGGAGGGGCACGGCAGUUUCAGUUUCUCCUGCUGCUUUAAUCCGCAGGCCAAUCUGCUGGCCACCACGAGUUUUGACGAAACAGUGCGCCUUUGGGAUGUCCGCACUGGCAAAACGCUCAAAAUCGUCACCGCCCACCAGGAUCCCAUCACCUCAGUGGACUUUAACCGCGAUGGCAGUACUUUUGUCACCAGCAGCUUUGAUGGACUAGUGCGCCUGUGGGACUCGAGCACCGGACAUGCGCUGAAGACUCUCGUUGACGUUGACAACAUACCGGUCGGAUAUGUGAAGUUCUCACCGAACGGCCGCUACAUCCUGUCGUCCACGUUGAACAACACCCUUAAGCUAUGGAACUACAAUAAGCCCAAGUGCCUGAGGGUCUACCGCGGCCAUGUGAAUGAGUCCUAUUGCUUGACCUCCAACUUUUCCAUCACCGCCGGCAUUUGGAUUAUCUCCGGCAGCGAGGACAAUACGCUGUGCAUCUGGAAUCUGCAGACGAAGGAGCUGGUCCAAAAGGUGUGCACGGAGGGCGACCGGGUGUUGUGCAGCCAUUGCCAUCCCACGGCAAAUGUGAUUGCUACCGGCGCCCUACAGAAUGCAUUUGCCAUCAAAAUCUGGCAGAGCAGCGAGUAGUAGUUCCAACAAAUAACUAAAUCCCACUGAUUAGCUUGUAAUUAUUUUCUUUAUAUCAAUAAGCCGGCCAUGCUUUAAGCCAAACACGACGGUUGUCUUUGUAAU